AUGGCGCGCAGCAGAAACACCCAACGCAAGGCAGCCAUACCCAGCGCACGACGAACCACAUGGCUGGAAUGGCUGGGACUCUCGGCGCCGCCCAGGCCCGCUCGCAGAAUUAUCGCCUGCGGCCCCCGAGUUUACCGGCCCACCAAGCGCACGGUCAUGGGUACCGAGAGCAUCCGCGUGUACGGCUGGCCCUCGCGUGGAGGCGUCAUUAUCCUCAGUGGCGCAAGCCGUGCUGACUUCGACUAUCUGGGUUGGGAUAUCCACUCCCUACCACGAAGGCGCGAUCCAGACCAAGACGCCGAGGAUGACCACUGCAAGAAACUCCUCCUCCUCGGCGCAACCUGGUAUGAUAGCGAGCGGCGGUAUAAGCUCCUAGCCGAUGCUGCGACUAACAACCGCUCGGUACGCGAGCGGUUCGAGAAUAAGCAGCUCCCCGCGGUCACUAGGAAGGAGGGGUUGUGGGUUCGAGUUGGAUGGCCGAGCACGGGUGGUCUGUGGGUUGUUGAAUGGGAUGAUCCGGUUUUUGAAGAGAUCCAGGAUGAAUCCGCCGAGGAUUACGGCCCUGGAUAUUCGGAGAAGGGUGGGCUCGUUGGGCUUGCGAGGGAUAUGGAUGAGCGGUGUGAGAUUAUAGAGAGGAUUGGUGGGAAGUUCUUUGCCUGCUUGGAGGACUAUGAUGGGCAUGCGUUUUUGAAGGCGUGGGAGGAGAAGACUACGGGUGAGGUUGGAUCGCUUGUUGUUACCCACUUUGUAGAGUGGUAG